UUCUCGCCUACGAUGUUAUAUGUGCUGCAACAGUCAUGUUUAUUUGAUGAAUAUCAAAGAUGAACACAAAGGAAAAGGAAAAAUAUAUUGAAGAAUUCGACUUUCCUCACUGCGACGAAUCCUCGAAAUAUGAAAAAGUUGCGAAAAUUGGCCAGGGAACCUUUGGGGAGGUGUUCAAGGCUAGAGAUAAGAAUUGUACUAAAAAAUUCGUAGCUAUGAAAAAAGUGUUAAUGGACAAUGAAAAGGAAGGGUUUCCUAUAACUGCUUUAAGAGAAAUAAGAAUAUUACAGUUACUAAAACAUGAAAAUGUAGUCAAUUUAAUAGAAAUAUGUAGAACACGAGCAACUCAGUACAAUCGGUAUCGUUCUACAUUCUAUCUUGUAUUUGAUUUCUGUGAACAUGACCUAGCAGGUUUAUUAUCAAAUGUGAAUGUCAAAUUUAGUUUAGGAGAAAUUAAGAAAGUUAUGCAACAAUUGUUAAAUGGUCUUUAUUAUAUUCAUAGUAAUAAGAUUUUACAUAGAGAUAUGAAGGCUGCAAAUGUUUUAAUAACAAAAAAUGGUAUAUUAAAACUAGCUGACUUUGGGUUAGCACGUGCAUUUAGUGCAAACAAAAAUGGUCAACCAAACCGUUAUACUAACAGAGUUGUUACUCUUUGGUACAGACCACCAGAACUUUUGCUUGGUGAUAGAAAUUAUGGCCCUCCUGUAGAUUUAUGGGGUGCAGGAUGCAUUAUGGCUGAAAUGUGGACUAGGUCACCUAUAAUGCAAGGGAAUACAGAACAACAACAGCUUAUAUUAAUUUCUCAAUUAUGUGGUUCUAUAACAACAGAAGUAUGGCCUGGAGUAGAAAGUUUAGAAUUAUUUAAUAAAAUGGAUUUGCCUAAAGGUCAAAAACGAAAGGUCAAAGACAGAUUAAAGCCAUAUCUAAAGGACCCUUAUGCUUGUGAUUUGUUAGAUAAACUUUUAAUUCUUGAUCCAUCCAAAAGAUAUGAUUCGGAUUCUGCAUUAAAUCACGACUUUUUUUGGACCGAUCCAAUGCCUUGUGAUCUUAGCAAAAUGUUAGCGCAGCAUACGCAAAGUAUGUUUGAGUACUUAGCACCACCAAGACGUCCCGGUCAUAUACGUCAUCCGCAUCAUCAAGUACCUGGAGGACCAGCGAAACCUAGUUCUAGUAUGGCUGACAGUUGUUACCAAGAUCGUGUAUUCUAG